UGGACAAGAACAUUUUCAGUCGAAUGCAGACAGUUACAAUGGUGCCGUUAGAGAAAAUUACACCUGGUCGCAGGAUUACACGGAUGUGGAAGUUCGAGUGCAUGUGCAGCCUAACAUCGUUAAAGGCCGACAGGUGUCUGUGGAUCUGCAGCCGGGGAAGGUCCGUGUGGCCGUGAACGAGGGAGGAUCACAGAGAGUCCUGAUGGAGGGCGAAUUCACACACAAAAUUAACACUGAAAGUUCCCUAUGGAGCCUGGAGCCCAGCCGAUGCGUUCUG